AUGCAGAGGUGUGCUAGUGUCCUGCUCCUCUCUUUCAUCCUCUGUGCCACCCUCUCGGAAACGUUCGGGCUGGUUUUCUCAGCAAAAGAAAAAAGAGGUUGGACUUUGAAUAGUGCUGGUUACCUACUUGGGCCACGUCGUAUUGAUCAGCUUUUGAUAAAGGAAAUGCCCAUGGCAAGGGGGAGAGAAGAGGCACCAGGGGCAUAUGCAGUAGAUAACCACAGAUCUUUUAAUGACAAGCAUGGUUUCACUGGGAAACGUGAAAUACUGCCCGAUGAGGACAUUAAAGCAGGGAAUCUUGGGAGACCACUGGCUGACGAAAACAUCGUGCGCACAGUACUUGAAUUUUUGACUUACUUGCAUCUGAAAGAGGUGGGAGCACUUGACAAGUUACCUUCACCAGAGGAAACAAACCAAUCUUGAAGAAUGCAUUUUUAUUUUGUUGUAGUGCAGAUUCAGACUGAACUCUAAACAAAAGAUCCAAAUGAGCUGAAG